AUGUCCUCCACAGACCCCUCCCGUCCUCCCAUAGCUCCGAAGCGCAUCGAGUCUCCAAUAAAACCCACUCAUGACCAGAUAGUCGUUCUCUACGUCACCGUCGUCUUCACAGUUGUUAUUUUCGCGUUAUGGAACAUACCUGGCGCUCGUGUAGUUAUCAACCCUCUGAAGCUGCUCACCAUCAGCUGGCAUGAAGCAUGUCACAUAGCGGCUGCCAUCUUAACAGGAGGGACUAUCCUCAGUGUAACCAUCGACCCAAACCUUGGCGGAUGCACACGAGUCGAGGACGGGCAUCCACCCACGAUCUUAUGUGCAGGUUACGUAGGAUCCGCUGUGUUAGGAGGCGUCUUCAUCCUUGGAGGGUUCGACACGCUCGUUGCGAAGAUUCUAAGUUUCAUUCUGGGCAUCGGGCUUAUUGUCCCGCUCAUCCUGGUCCGUGACAAAAUUACUAUAAUACUUACGUUUCUCUAUGAGGGAUUACUGGUCGGGUUCUGGUUUAUUCAACAUGCCUCUGCACUUCGAUGGUAUUGUUUAUUCGUUGGAGUCAUGAAUGUCUUCUAUGUUAUCUGGGAUAUAACGGACGACAAGUUCUUCCGCAAGGUGAACGAUUCCGAUAUUACCCAAUGGAACAUCCUGUUUCCUCGGAUAAAGGCUCCAGUAUGGGCAGUGUUCUGGAUCCUCUUCGACAUUGCCGUGCUUAUCGGUUUCCUCUUCAUUGGCAUCGCCUCCUUCAAGUUAAACGUGUAUCAGAUGCAGGCGCAAGCAGGUGUCUUCUUACCGACAUGACCAUGCUUUGUUUGGAAGAAGAGUCAACUCCGGAAUAGAAGUUACCGGUUCUGCCUCGUUUUCCCGUCUCGUCCCGUCCCUAGCUUGUUACUCACGCUUUUUAACGCCACUUACGGUCAACUGCAUCGCCUCACCCAACCUCAUGCCAUCUUAAUCCCACCGCUGCAUCGCUUUGUUGUCACUUAUAGUCCUUCUUCAUAUCCAUACUUGAGACACCUAAACCUAAAUAUCCCUCAUACUCGCCUCACUUUCAUCGCCGCAACGCACCAGGACUCGUAAACACGUAAACAGCACUUCAUCUAGAAGUUUCUCUUCUCUGCGUUUCCUUUCUUCACCCCUCCUAUUUCCUCUUUAACCUCUAUCACCGCUUUCACCUGUUUAACUGCUUUUUGGCCUUUCUUACUGUUUUUUUGGAUAUUGGAUCUUGGACUGCUUAAUAUUUGUUGGAGGGAGACGGAAUAACGGGUAAUGGAUUUGUUAUC